CGUAAAUUGUCUUGUGAAAUGCUUUCCAGUUGAAUGCCAAACGUCGUUUCGUACCGUGUGCAAGUGCAACAAAUGCUGUUUCCAUCUGCCUGCCCUCUUUCAGCGCGUGCCCCCGAAUGUUCCUUCCGAAAGCACCGCGCUCGCCUACAGAUCACGACACCUCGCACCGCCGCUCCCACUUCCGGCCUCGCCGGUGCGUGCAUGUGCGCGCCAGGGACGCCAAUUGAGCUCGGCUCCAGCACGCAAUCGGCUGCAGAGUGAGCUCAGAGCUCACCCUCUCCCUCUGCCGCUGCUCCGCUGUAAGUCCCGGCUUGCUACUAAGCUAGCUACCAGCAGCGUCUGCUGCCUCCUCCUCCUGCUGCUCUCAGGGAGCUCUCCGUUUAGACCAGCUCGUGUGCUUCUUGGGAAGAGGUUUCCGCGUUGCUGUUUCUUUUUCAGCCUCGCAUUAGGAUUUCCAGGGAAAUCGGGGGAUGCCACUAUAGUGUCCCGCUGUCGGCUAAUUUGGCGGCCAGUAUUUUAUAACUAAUGGGUUGUUCGCUUCCAGCUGUAAACACUAUAGAAACAGGGCCUCUUGAAUUCUGUUCAUGGUUCGGGGAUCAAGACCAUUAGGCCAGACUAUUUCAAAGAAAUUUUCAGACAUGAGAUACUCCAAUAUUUCCUGGCCAUUCCUUCUACUGCUAUGUUUUGUUUCGAUGGCAGAUGCAGAGUACAUGAAGUACAAGGAUCCAAAGCAACCUAUUAACUCUAGAAUCAGGGAUCUUAUCGGUAGGAUGACCCUUGCUGAAAAAAUUGGCCAAAUGACACAGAUAGAACGCCAGGUUGCAUCUGCAAAUGUCAUGAAACAGUACUUUAUAGGAAGCAUCUUAAGUGGUGGUGGAAGUGUUCCUUCUCCCCAGGCCAGUCCUGCAAUUUGGGUGAACAUGGUCAAUGAAUUUCAGAAAGGUGCCUUGUCAACGCGUCUAGGAAUUCCAUUGAUUUAUGGAAUUGAUGCUGUUCAUGGUAAUAACAAUGUCUACAACGCCACUUUAUUCCCUCAUAACAUUGGACUUGGAGCUACAAGGGAUCCUGGCCUCAUAAAAAGAAUUGGUGAAGCAACUGCUCUUGAAGUGCGUGCGACAGGCAUUCAAUAUACUUUUGCUCCAUGUAUUGCAGUUUGCAGAGAUCCAAGAUGGGGUCGGUGCUAUGAGAGCUACAGUGAGGAUCACAAGGUUGUGCAGCAGAUGACAGAUAUUAUCCUUGGUUUGCAGGGUGAGAUCCCAGUCAAUCAUACCAAGGGAGUUCCAUAUGUAGCUGGGAAGGAUAAGGUUGCUGCUUGUGCUAAACACUAUGUUGGUGAUGGUGGAACUCAUAAUGGAAUCAAUGAGAAUAAUACAAUCAUUGAUGAGCAUGGGCUGCUAAGCAUUCACAUGCCACCAUAUUAUGACUCUAUCAUAAAGGGUGUUGCUACUGUUAUGGUUUCUUAUUCAAGCUUGAAUGGUGUAAAAAUGCAUGCCAAUCAUGACUUAGUCACUGGAUACCUUAAAUCCAAGCUGCAUUUUAGAGGUUUCGUGAUAUCUGACUGGCUAGGAGUGGACCGUAUCACCUCACCUCCUGGCGCAAACUAUACUUAUUCUGUGCAAGCUGGAAUUAAUGCUGGCAUUGAUAUGGUGAUGGUGCCAUACAAUUACACUGAUUACAUUAAUGAUCUCACUUCUCUCGUUCACAAGGGUGUCAUCAAUAUAAGCAGAAUUGAUGAUGCUGUGAAGCGGAUCCUUCGAGUCAAAUUUACAAUGGGCCUGUUUGAGAACCCUUUAGCUGAUCUUAGUUUUGCAGAGCAGCUUGGAAAGAAGGAGCAUAGGGAACUGGCUAGAGAAGCUGUCAGGAAAUCACUUGUUCUGUUAAAAAAUGGGAACUCUCCCGAUCAGCAAUUCCUACCUCUCCCUAAGAGAGCUAGAAGUAUCCUGGUAGCUGGAAGUCAUGCUAGCAAUUUGGGGUACCAGUGUGGUGGAUGGUCAAUCCAAUGGAUGGGGGACAGUGGUAAUAUCACAACUGUAUCCUGUGCAGGGACAACAAUUCUUGAUGCGAUAAAGUCUACCGUUGCUGACUCGACGUCUGUUGUCUACUCUGAGAACCCCGAUGACAGUUUCAUGAAGCACAAUGACUUCUCAUUCGCUAUCGUCGUUGUUGGCGAGCCACCAUACGCUGAAACAGUUGGCGAUAGCACCGACCUCACUAUGCUAGACCCUGGUCCAGACACGAUCAGAACUGUGUGUGCUGCAGUUAAAUGUGCAGUAGUCAUCAUUUCUGGUCGUCCCAUUGUGAUUGAGCCGUAUGUUCCAUUAGUGGAAGCGCUUGUUGCAGCUUGGCUUCCGGGAACCGAAGGUCAGGGUGUCGCAGAUGUACUCUUUGGAGACUACGGUUUCACAGGCAAGCUCCCGCACACCUGGUUCAAGUCUGUCGACCAACUGCCCAUGAAUGUGGGAGACCUACAGUACGAUCCACUCUACCCUUUCGGCUUCGGUUUGAUGAUAAAUUCAUCAUUGCCAGGGUUCUCUGGUGUUGACAAUCUGGGAUAUAGGAAGCAAAGAGUGCUAUUUGCUGUGCUGUGUUCUCUACUGUCAUUGGUUCUAAUCAGUUAAUGAAUUGGGCGUAGAUAGUAUUUCAACACAUAGCUGCCCUUUUGUAGUUCUCAUAUGAUUAGAGUGUUACUAAUCUAGCUUUAGCGAUUGUUAGCUGCCAAAUGAGUCACUGGACGUCAAUCAAUCUAUUAUCUAUCUAUCUACUAGAUGAUUCCCCGCGUUUUGCCGAGAUGCUGCCAUUGAUUAUAUUCCUCC